AUGGCAGAUACCGUGGGACAGAACGCCCAUGGAUAUGACCAUGAUAACUUGCGCCAUGUGGUCAUCACAUCAACGUGCUUUGCCUUCAUCCUGUCUACCACUGCAGUCGGGUUCCGAAUCAUUUCUCGAGCCAUCAAUGGAAACGGUCUUUUCCUAGAUGAUUGGUUCAUUCUUCUGGCACUGGUCUUUGAAUAUGGCAUAUCAAUAGCCGGAGUUGUUUUACUUUACAAUGGAUUAGGGACCCAUAUUGGCGAGGUCACUCCUGAGCAACUUGUGACUUAUUUGAAGACACUCUUUACCGGCUCGAUCCUCUACACAUGCUGCAUUCUUUUCAUUAAAUUAUCCAUUCUCGCUCUCUACCGACGACUAUUCCCCAUCAAGAGCAUGAAGGUAGCCGUGAAUGUCACAUCCCUCAUCGUGAUAUUGUGGGCCGCCUGCGGCAUUCUCGCUGGAUGCUUCACUUGCAUCCCAACCGAGAAAUUAUGGAACCCUAUGAUCGAAGGAGGUUGCAUGAAUCUCUCAAAGUUUUACUAUGGUCUCCAGAUUCCCAACAUUGCGACUGACGCAAUCAUUCUCGUGAUGCCCAUGCCCGUUGUCUGGAAACUUCCCAUUUCCAAGGCACAGAAGAUGGGUCUUUCGGCUAUUUUUGUCCUGGGACUAUUGACUCUCGCUUUUGAUAUAGUCAGACUGGUUGUUCUCAUCGAACUCGCCUCAGCGGGUGCCGACGUUACUUACAACCAAGUCCCAGCGAGUGUGUGGACGUGCAUCGAGCCCGCAGUUGGAAUCGUCGCAGCCUGCCUUGCAAACAUGCGCCCCUUGUUCAAGCUCAUGCACACUAAAGUCUGGUCCAGGAUUUCCAGUCGCUACGCCACCAACUCCAACAACUCCAGCGGAUCCCAGAUCAACGAAAAAGCGAGCUGGCCGCGUCGCACCCCGAGCCCUCAAGCUGAACACAACCACAGUGUUCCUUCCAGUCCAAGCACUAGCGACUCUCAUUCAUCACCUUUGGACCAGUCACCUACCCACAACCAGUCCGCUGUUUGA